UUGUCAUUCAUCUUCCUAUCGCAGACCGUAACGUUCUCCUUCCAUGGCGAAAGUCUCUUCAUCUUCUACUUCAUCCUCACGAGUCUAUAGACCUUCUGUUGCCAUGAAUCCUGAACAGUCCCUUCCUCCAAACUCUGCAGAAAAAUGGCAGCGCAGAGACAGUUAUCUGCAACUUCACAAGCACUUCUCUCAGUCAUGGUGAGCGCGAUUGUCGGCGUCUCCAAUGGCUUGCAAUACAAGGUUGGAGGCUCGAUUUGGUCCAUCCCUCCAUACCCAACUUACUAUUCCAACUGGUCCUCCUCCCACUAUUUCCUCGUCGGCGACAUUCUCGUUUUCGAGUUCGAGUCAGGCUUUUAUGACGUGAUGCAAGUGUCGAGGCGUGAGUACGAGGCCUGCACGGCGGACAACCCCUUCCAGUCCUUCCACGCGGGGCCUGUGAGAGUGCCGCUGAUCGAGAAGGGCAUGUUCUAUUUCAUCUGCAGCGUCUCUUGUUACUGCUCUCUCGGGCAAAAGGUCGAGGUUGCCGUGUAUCAUCCUGUUCCAGAAGUCGUUCCGCUACCUGCCGGUCCAGCCACGGUCACUGCCACCCCGGCGCCAUCUCGUUUGCCCAAACAAUCGUUAGACAAGGGAAUGGGUCUGAGCCACGGGCGCUUCAGACAAGCCCCGCAACAUCAACUAUUGUUGUUCCUCUGCGUUCUAGCCACUUUUCUAACUGCAGUGGAUUAUCAUUCCAUGGGAUGUGGUUUAAGGCCCUAGUGUCAUUUUGACUUCGGCUGGAACUGCUGUGGCUAUUGCGCUUUGCUUAUAUUGUACAGAGAAAACUAUACUGAUGCAACUGUUGAUCUGCAAAAAAGUUUUUCCACUGCGAAUUGAUCG